AGAGGUCUCCCCAUCAUGGCGGCGUCGCUACAAACAUACGAGCUAAUUUCACGGUGGUUUUAAAAGCUCCAGCAAUAAAAAACCCGGAUGAGAAGAUGCACAGCGACAAGAAACUGACCAAAGAAGACACAUGGAGACCAGAGGACCUGAGAAGAUAUGUCAGGGAGGAGAAGGGACAAAGCGAUGGCCGAGUCAGGAGGCGAGAGGACAGCGAGAGGAAGCACCGUGCUGGGGAAUCCACAGAGAGACGCCACAGAGACCCAGAGAAGGAGUCCAGACGAGAGAGAGACAAACACAGGGAGAGAGGAGAGGGAGACAGAAAAGACAGACAUCUUGAGCAAAGGAAAGAGGGCUCACGAGACAGGAGAGGGGAUAAGGAAAGGGACAGAAGAGAUGAGAGGGACAAAGAGAAGGAGAGAAUGAAGGAAAGAGACAGACUGGUGGAUGGGAAAAGGCAGAGUGAUGAUUAUGGAGGGAAUAAGGACAGGAAGACGGAUAAAGAGGACAAGCAUGAUCGGGAGAGAGACCAGGAAAGGCAUAGAAACAAGGAGAAAGAAAGGGUGAGGGAUGGAGAGAGACGGAACAGGGAGGACAGGGACAAAGGGAGGGAAGAGAGGGAAAAGGAAAGGAGGAGGGAGGAACGAGACAGAGAGCACAGGACUGAAAGAGAGAGGAGGAGACAAGAAGAAAGUGGAGACGCAGGAAGAGAUCAGAUAGAAAAGAAGGAUAGGGAAAAGAAAGGGCGACUCAAAGAUGAAAGUGAGGAAAAAAGGACUGAAAAAGAAAGACGAGAAAGACAUGGAGACAGGAAGCCUUCAGAGCAGAAAGAGGAACGAGGCAAAGAGUACAAAGAAGAACCCAGACGGCAUAAAGAGGAGAGAGAAAGAAGACACAAAGAAGGACGUGAUGAUCCAAAGCGUAAGCACGACAGUGAAUCUAGAGACACAAAGAGGUCGGGUGAGGAGGAGAGACAUCGUCGUGGGGACAGAGAGCAAGGAGACGGGGACAAACAGAGAGAGAGGAGACACCGAGAGGAUAAAGAUCCAGAGAGAAAGCACAGAGAAGGAAGGCACAGAGCAGAAGAAGCUGACCCAGAGAGAAACGAAAGAGACAAGAAAUCAGUCUCUGACAAGAGUCAUAGGCCAGAGGCUAAUACAGUGAGAACAGAGGAAGUCGAGACUGAGCUCUGGACACCUAGUGAUGUGAAAGAUGUAGGAGACACAGACGAGCCUGUUGUUGAUGAUGAAGAUUUGGUUGACCAGCAAUAUGAAGAUGAUUUUGAGGAUUAUGAGGAGGAUUUUGAGGAGAUGGAUCCGAGUGAAAAUGAAGGCGAGGACGAGAAGGAGUCAGAGGAGCCUCCACCAGUGGGGGAAGAAAGAGAGGAAGUUACAGCACAAAAGAGAAAAGAGAUUGAAGCGAUUCAGAGAGCAAUGAAUGAAGAGAACGAGAGAGUUGGAACAGAUCAUUCCACACAGAGUGCGACUAGAGAGGAGGAAGACACACCUAAAUUGUCCAGAGGACUUGAAAAGAACCACAGUCGAGCUUCUCAACGAGGGAAGUUUAUCGACUUUGUGGCAGCAAAACAGCGAGAAGUCAGCAAGAAGGUUUCCACAAAACAGAAGAAACGCAGCACAGAGCUGCUCAAAUUAAUUGAUCUGGAUUUCUCGAUGACAGUUUCCCUUUUGGAUCUCCCACCUGUAAAUGAAUAUGACAUGUACAUUAGAACCUUUGGAACCGCAAAUACCAAACAGGCUUAUGUUCAGUGUAACGAGGAUAACGCAGAUCGAGACGUUCAGACAGAGGAGAUAGAAGUGAGUGAGAGGUGGACACAGCAUCCUCCAGAGCACAGCGGAGCCUGUGGAGAUUCAAACUUCUCCCAGGAAGCUCAAGGGAGAAACAUGUACGAAAUGAACUUUGAUUCCCAGCGUCUGUCAGCGUUUCUGCGCUCGGCCUCGCAGGUCCUGGUCGUCCUGUUGGAAGAGAAUCAAGCUGAGAGAAAAUCCCUGAGCAAGUUGAGGACUCAAAAAGACACACUGUCGUUCAGCGAUGGAAGUUUACAGCUCAACACAAAGUUGCCUUUUCUUUACGGUCGCCACAUCAGCCUGGUGCACUUCUCUCAAGUCCAGAGGCACACCAUGAUGUCCGUCCAUGCACCUACAACCAAACCCAGUGCUGUGCGCCUCGACAGCUGCACUCUCAUCUGCAUCUGGAACAUCUGGGAACCGUCCAGGCCUCAGAAGAUCCUUGUCUACGAAUCGGAGGUGCAGUGUUGCUGUUUCAGCCCCGGAAAGGCCACAUUGGUGUUUGCAGGCACAUCAGUUGGCUCUGUGGUGCUGUGGGACCUGAGGGAGCAGACCAGUAACCACUACUGCCUGAAGAUAGGGGAGGAGGAGUGGACCUUCAGACAGCCUACCUUCUCCACUAGCGCAGUGAUGGCCGCCUCGGCCCAUUUAUCGUCUGUGUCUUCUGUAGAAGUUGUUCCCUCCACCGCAGCAGGGGGCCUGAGGCCGGAGGUCCCCCUGCUGGCAUCUGAGGAAGAGUCUUCAGGACUGUCUUUCCAGUUGGCGUCUCUGGAUGAAAGCGGAGUUUUGAAUUUCUGGGUGGUGGUGGAGCUCCCAAAAGCCAACGAGGCUGGCUCUCCAACAGAUCUAGGGCUCAGGCCUGGGGGCAAAGUGAAGUUGCUUCACAGCUCCUCCCUGCUCACUGCUGAGAGGGUGUCACCGAGAGACGCUGUGAAAACAGGCCCGUUACAGACUCUUCAUCUAAAGUUUCUCCCCUCUGACUCCAAUCAUUUUUUCAUUGGCACCAAUAUGGGUCUGGUCAAUCACAGAACCAGUCACAGUUUGAAGGCUUCUCCAAAGUUCUACAGGUUUCAGGAGCCUGGAGUCCGACCGGUUGACGUCAACUCAAUCCACUUUUCUCCCUUCAGGCAAAACAUGUUCUUGGUGGGUUGUGGGGACGGCAGCAUCCGGCUGCACACGGUCAGCAACGAGCAGCCUGUGGCCGAGUGGAGGAGCAGUACCGCGGGUGAACCGGUGGUGGCGCUGCAGUGGGCCCACACCAGGCCGGCGGUCUUCUGUGUGCUCGAUGCAGCUUCUCACCUCCAUGUUUGGGACCUGCUGAAAAGCGACACAGAGCCGGUGCUCACAGAGAGGAUUUCUGCCGACAGGGUGACAGCCAUGGCCGUGUUCGGAGACUCAGGAAAACAAAACACAUAUUCAGGAAUAGCCCUGGUGCACGAAUCAGGGAAAAUCGAAAUGCAGUAUUUCACAAGAGAUUUGACUGUGACCGUCCCUGCUGAGGAGGAGAAGCUGGAGACCAUGAUGACUGAAGCCUUCUGAAGCAGCUGAAGUGGCUGUGUUUAGAUGAUUACUACUUUUUCAAAAUCUCGAAGAGCAUGACGAUCAAGUUAUGAGUCUAUUUUUGUCACUGUCACUUUUCAUCAUAGCACAUGUCACAAUUCAAUUUGAUGUGUGUUUAUAUUUUCCUAGAAACCGAUGUCACAGGGCUUCAAAUUUGUCCAUAAAAACCAUAGCAGUAGAUAUAUAUAAUGUAGAUGUUUCUUGAUGUACAUAUUUAUAUUUUAUAACUUAAAUUUGUAAGGUGGAAUAAUUUUUGUACAAUAAACUGAGU